GAGUCGCAAAUAGUGACUGUUCAUUCUAAGUUGCCUGACCGUAUUUGGACAUCUGCUCGAGGCGACUGAAGCCGACACCACAAGCGCUAUAGCUCGUCACUCGCGGGCGCAUUCACUAUGCGGCGCUGGGCGCUCUUUUCAUUGUGUUGUCUCGGAGUAACGGCACAAGCAGACAGUAUACCAGACAGCGUGCAUAUCAUCCACGUCAAUGAUCUUCAUUCGCACUUUGACCAGAUGACACCCAAAGGCGAUGCCUGCGAUAUAAAGAGGAAAGCUUGUGUCGGCGGCUACGCUCGCAUCAGCGCACAGAUUCAAGAGUUGCGCAGGCUGCAUCCAGACAACAGCCUUGUACUCAAUGCUGGAGAUGAGUUCCAAGGAACCUUGUUUUACACGUACUACAAAGGGUCAAAGUCGGCAGAGGUCCUGAAUCGUAUACAAUUCGAUGCAGUAACUCUAGGAAAUCACGAAUUUGACGAUGGAUACGAGCAUCUUGUCAAGUACUUGCGCAACUUGACAUCCCCGGUCGUUUGUGCCAAUGUUAGAACCAAGGUCGAUGCAUUGAAUGACGCGCUUGUCCCGACUUUGGAGUUGCCAAGGCUUGGCAUUGCAAUAUUCGGCCUACUGACCCCUGAUACAAAGUUCAUCAGUUCGCCAGGAGAUGAAGUCUCAUUUGCUGAACCGCUCAAAGUGGCGCAAACCCUGAUUGAUGACUUGCGUGGUCGCGGCUUCAAACGCAUCAUCGCUCUCACACACAUUGGUUAUGCAGAAGAUCAAGAUCUUGUUCGAGCAACGCGAGGAUUAAGUCUGGUGGUCGGUGCGCACAGCCAUACAUUUCUUGGCGAUGUACCUUUUUCUCAGGGGCCAUACCCGACACUCGUGAAGGACCUAGAUGGCUUCGAAGUGCCCAUCGUGACAAAUGGCAAAUGGGGUUACAAUCUAGGCCACCUCGAGGUAACGUUCGACGAAACCGGUCGAAUCAGCGCCUAUGCUGGUCAGCCCAUCAGGCUUCUGCCGAAUAUCGAGCAAGAUUCCAAGCUUGCAGAUGAUAUUCGUGAAUGGAGGAAGCCAUUCUUGGAAUAUUCGAGGCAAGUUGUGGGCUUCGCAACGAAGCGCUUCCCGUCUCCUCUCACGUGUUGGUUUGCUGAGUGCGCCAUUGGCAAUCUUGUGACAGAUGCCAUGCUGGACGCACAUCCACAGGGUGAUGCAGCUAUGACAAAUUCAGGUGGCUUGCGAGCGGGUCUCGCAAAGGGCAAUAUCACUAUGGGUGCAGUCAUGGACGUCUUUCCCUUUCAAUCGAGACUUGUUGACCUUGUCCUGACAGGAGCUGGACUCUGGGAGACCCUCGAAAACAUUGUCAGCUUUAAGAAUCUGCAGACUGGACAUCACAUCACAAGCUUUGCUCAAAUGUCUGGCAUGCAAAUAGUGUUUACAAGCUCAAACCCGAUUGGCAAGCGCCUGGCCAGUUUGAAGAUACGACGAAAGUCUGACGAAUCAUGGGAAGAGAUUGACAGGACUGCAAACUAUACCAUUGUCACACUUGACUUCAUGACCAGUGGCGGCGACUUUUGGUGGCCCGAACAAACAGGUCUGAAGCCAAAAGAGCUGCUCGAGAAUGUCUUUAUCGACUAUUUAAAGAAGGAGAAAUCAGUGACGCCUAUGAUAGACGGACGGAUACGCGAUACGGUCAGCAAACUCAGAAGUUUCCUGGGAAGCCUGAUCAAUGUGAGCCGCGACUUGACUGCACUUUGGUAAGGCAUUCUUGCAAACCCCUCUCGUGACGCUGACUGACAGAUUCUCUAGGUUCCUGUCAUUCGGUGACUGGCCGACUCACGGUCUGCAGA